AUGGCUCAGGAGCCCCCCUCCAAGGCACACCUUCCUUUCCCAAUCCCAAACUUUGGCAAUGCGUUCGUAGAACUUUCGGCGCUUACGACUUUCAUCGGUUCAUCGGUCGCUGAGUCGCUCAUCCUUGGGAAUGAGGGUGGGGCGGGAGUUGCGUGGGCUGCGAUGAGCGCCUUUGGUCUCAUGGACAUAGUGAAAACAUGCGUGGGCGCAGCAAGCCCGGGAUGGCUGAGGACCGUUAUUGGUGCAAGAUCAGAAAAUACAGAUGUAGCUGUAGGACUGGAGGUGUCCUCUAGCCAGCGCGGGAGGGGAGCGCUGAAGCGGGGCAAACUAACAGAUUUGGAACAUAAAAUCAGGUGGGAAGAGAUCUACGCCUUCGAUAAGUUAACAUCUCGUGGAUUGGCGGGGCUCCCGGAUGACAAGCCGCAAAACCCUGUCGCUCCCGACAAGACUACACUUCGUGAUUCUCAAGCUCAUACGGCUCGUAGGAACAUCGAGAAACCGUCAGAGCACAUCGACAUGACGCCUGAUGUAUAUUCGUACAGCGUCAAUCCUUUCUAUCCUCCCCACGAUCCAUGGUUUCAAAUUCCUAUCCUCCUUCUCAGUCUUGCCAAAGUUGGAGAGGGUUUAGUUUUAUGGCGGCUCGGUGGUACUAUCGGCAUUAUUACACUCAUCCCUUGGGCAUACUUCUUUCUCGUAGCUUGCAUAAUUGAAGCUCGCGAGGUGAUUGUGGCUAGGGGGCCCCCUGUCCUGGAUGGAGAAAUUGACAUCAUCGUUGGGCAAUUCCCCAACAUGACGCAAAUCGCAGAAUCACCUCCACGAACUCGGGUUAUCAUUGGUGCCCCUCGAAACCCAAGGAAAACAAUAUGGUGGAAAGCUGCAUGGGCUUUAGGCGCCUUAAUAUGCCCACUCGUAACCGGAUUCACUUACCUGUCCCUGGCUCAACAAACAAACGAAAUUGUUAUGCUUUGGCUUAUGUUCCAAGCUCUGUGGUUGGUUGGUCGCAUGUUAGUUCACCACUACGCUGAAUCUCCCAGAGAAGCGAUGGCACCCCGUUUGCUAUACAAGAGGUCCUGGGAGACUUUACCAGGUAUCUUCAGAAACCGUGUAGUAAACUUGCUGGUGGCUGUCUCGAGAUACAUGAUAUCAGUGCAUCCGCGACGGGAAAAUGCAUACCGGGACAACGUCAGCUCGGCCUUGGAAUUACGAAAGGUUAUAGUUGAAACACCAACUAUAUUGAACUACCCGCUCUCCCACCCGAACGAUCUUCUGCAACCAUACCAUAAGCUACAAGUUGAUAUUGAAAUCCACGCGGUUAUUGGUGACCCUACCCUCGUCAGUGCAGUUUGGCUCGCCAAUGUCCCAGGCCUCACUUUUGAGGAUAUGUAUGAUACAUGUAUUCUCUGCUUGAAGCUUCCCCCCUCCGGAACCACAUGCCGAUACGCCACAAUACCAAGUGUCCGUUUUUUCAGUGGCGUCUCGGUAUCAGAACCCUCUGCCUUUGAUGAAGAAACCAAUCAGCCUCUUGACACUACACCUCAAUUCCUUCCGAAAGGUCAGCUUCGUGAUACCCCAAGUACGUGGUGGUGUCUGAUCCCGGCGGGGGAACGAAGAUGGCUGAUAGUCAAGCAUGCAGUCGAAAGUCCAGUUCUUGGCAAACAUUCAGCCGAACUUGUGUCUGACGAUCGUGUCACUGCCAUUUUGUCUAGGGGCCAUCUUUUAGUCAGUAUCGCUCAUGUCAAUGAUCUCAAGUUUGCUUUGGGUAAUUCACGGAAAGCGAGGGAGACGCUGACCGAAAUUUUCUCUUGA